GAGUUAGGCUGCAGAUGAGCGCCUGAGUCCAAACGGUGCGGAAUCCCGCCCUUUUUCUAGAUCCUAGGUGAACUAGCAGACUUAAAUCCCAAACAUUAAGAAAUUUCUUUUCUCUCACCUAACGCCUAUCUUGCUAUUUAAUCUUUCUAAUUCGGGAGACCGAGUUUGAGUCUUUGAAGCUGUUAGUCAGGCGAUCUUCUGGGCACUCCAACUGCGGGGUCCUCACGGCUUUCUCUGCUGCCUCAGCUUUGGUCCGGAGAGGACCCGGCGCCGAAUCAGACUGACUGGCCUGGGUGUCCGGAAAACUUUGUUGGAUAGUGCUGCAUAAUAAGGCAUUUAUACAUCUCUAAGAAGCAGGUAUGAGCAGUGGCUUAGGAUUCAUCUGGACCUAGAUUUCAUUCCUAGCUCUGAUACUUACAGUGUGAUUUUAGAAAAAUGAUCCACAGUCUAUUUCUCAUUAACUGUUCCGGUGACAUAUUUCUGGAGAAGCACUGGAAGAGUGUUGUGAGCCAGUCUGUCUGUGAUUAUUUCUUUGAAGCUCAGGAGAAAGCUGCUGAUGUUGAAAAUGUGCCACCUGUCAUUUCAACACCUCACCAUUACCUCAUCAGUAUCUACCGGGACAAGCUCUUCUUUGUGUCUGUCAUACAGACUGAAGUGCCACCUCUCUUUGUAAUUGAGUUCCUGCAUCGAGUUGCUGACACUUUCCAGGACUAUUUUGGUGAGUGUUCAGAGGCUGCAAUCAAGGAUAACGUGGUCAUAGUAUAUGAGCUCUUGGAAGAAAUGUUAGACAACGGAUUUCCACUGGCUACUGAAUCUAACAUUUUGAAAGAACUGAUUAAGCCACCAACAAUUCUGCGUUCUGUUGUCAAUUCUAUUACAGGCAGUAGUAAUGUUGGGGACACACUUCCCACUGGGCAGCUGUCCAAUAUCCCAUGGCGCCGGGCAGGGGUAAAGUACACAAACAACGAAGCCUAUUUUGAUGUCGUUGAAGAAAUAGAUGCAAUUAUAGACAAAUCAGGAUCUACAGUCUUUGCAGAAAUUCAGGGGGUCAUUGAUGCUUGCAUUAAGCUAUCAGGAAUGCCCGAUCUCUCCCUAUCUUUCAUGAACCCUAGGCUUCUGGAUGAUGUCAGCUUCCAUCCCUGCAUCCGGUUCAAACGUUGGGAAUCUGAAAGAGUUUUGUCAUUUAUUCCUCCAGAUGGAAAUUUCCGACUCAUAUCCUACCGUGUCAGCUCACAAAAUCUAGUGGCAAUACCAGUGUAUGUGAAACAUAAUAUCAGCUUUAAGGAGAACAGUUCCUGUGGCAGAUUUGAUGUAACGAUUGGACCAAAGCAGAAUAUGGGCAAAACUGUUGAAGGAAUUACAGUGACAGUUCACAUGCCAAAAGUUGUGCUGAAUAUGAACCUGACACCAACACAAGGCAGCUAUACCUUUGAUCCAGUCACCAAGGUACUAACAUGGGAUGUGGGAAAAAUUACUCCACAAAAGCUCCCAAGUCUUAAGGGAUUGGUAAAUUUACAGUCAGGAGCACCUAAGCCAGAAGAGAAUCCCAGCCUCAACAUACAGUUCAAGAUUCAGCAACUUGCUAUUUCAGGCUUAAAAGUAAAUCGCUUGGACAUGUAUGGGGAGAAAUAUAAGCCAUUUAAAGGAGUCAAAUAUGUCACGAAAGCUGGAAAGUUCCAAGUGAGGACAUGAGAAGAGGCCAGAAGUAAUCAAGAUCAGUUUCUUUUCCAAGUGUCAUUACAAUUUAUUACUGUUAGAUACCAAGUGGGUGGGAAUACAUAUUCUAGUUAAAGCAUUUGUGUAGAGCUACACACCACUAACAAAGUUGCUUAGUACUCAAUGUAGGGUUCUUAAGGAGCUUUAAGCUAAGGAGACUUUUCUAAUAACUUAGCUUAUUUUCUAUCUUUUCACUUGGGAAGAUUUUGAAGGUGAUUUCUUCCACAGGGGAAGGGGGUAUCAGCUGGAUGCUGCACAUUGUGACAGUAAAGGCAGAAGGCUACAGUGAUAACCUAUCUCCUAAAACAAGUGAACUGGUUUCUAGUCCAGGAGGAGCUGUCUUAAUCUGCAACGUGACAUGUCAGGUGUAGCUACAUAUCAUAGCCUCAGAUCUUAGCCAUCCCAACUCAGUAGCUGUCCCAACAGAGGAAACUCCCCCCACGCCCCGACGUUUACAGAAACUGCCUCUUCAAGUGUUUGCCUUAUUCAGCUUUUCACUUGUGCCAUUAAGCAAGCACUGUAGCAGAAGCCACUUCCACAUGGCCCUGGCAGGGAGCACUGCUGCUCCAUGCUCCAUCCUCACUGUACUUGGUAUUGUAUUUUUUAUAAAUAAGAAUUUUUAUGUAAAGCUCAGAUUUUGAUUUACAGGGACCUUGCUGCAGUAACUAUCAUCUCAAUUUUGUGCCACUGGUUCAGCUGUUAGCACAGGAAAAAUCAUUUGUAUGAUGGGGCAAAUGCUUUAUUAAGAUAAUAAAAGGGAACACUACUUCUCCUUUUAGGAAGUUGUUGCAAGCACAAGUGUUUGCAGUUUUAAGCAAAUUAAAGUAAAGAGAAACUUAAACAAAACCUUUGCCAUCUUCCUGUUUUAUAAAGCUUAUCCAAUACCCCUUAAACCGAAGUAGUCUGCCUCCUGCCCCAGUUCAGCAAAAGGAAGAAAAUGAACCUGCCUCAAUUUUAUUAAUCUUUUUUUAUCCUUUUUGUUAUUUUUAAGGGGCUGAAUUUGCCUGCAUCCCUUGUCUUUUAGGGGAACUCUCUUAUUGCAGUAUGUAUUUACCAAGCCUGUAAUCAUAGAUUGCUUCCUGCAACUACUGUCAUAAUUCUUACUGAAGUACUUCAGUGUCUACACUGUACUAACAAAGUACCUGGAAGUAUAUUACAUUGAGGCAGAAACAAAAUCCUCAGUAACCCUGACAAUAUCAUAUCGAUCAGCAUGGUUGGAAAGUCAAUCUCAACUUCCUUGGCUUGGUCAUCCUGCCCAGUUAUUUUGCCUCAUUAAAUAUAAAGAAGUAGAGAAAGGUUGAAAGUUGAAAGUACUUGGUCUUCUUGUUUCCUGCUUGUUCUUACUAAUGCUACUAGUUUCCUUCUCCUUGUGGUUUUAUUCUCUUGUUCUUCUCGGCGUCUGACUCUUCCAUUUAAAAUGCUAAGCAUAGCCCUUGACCUCAUUCCUGUUUAUGGUGUUAAAGGCUAGUGGUUGGUGCUGGUAUUGGGAGUCCACUAUACAGUGCGUCCUUACCUGUCCAGGGCAUCCAGCCUGCUCUUUAUCUAAUAAAAAGGCUACUCUUGGCAACCAAUCCCAGGUGGGCAGCUAAAGUCACAUGUUACCAAAUAUAUAACUCCCUUUACCUCAAGUCAGUUGCCCAGCUCCCUAUCCUUUCAUCUGUAAUGUCUUAACUCUUCAGGUUUCUUACCUCAAAAUAUUCCAGUGUUCCUCCUGUACUGUCUCCUCUUGAAUCCAAGCAGAAUGUAUGCCAAGUUUCUUGCCUUUAGCAAUUUCUGUUAAGACAUCCAAGUACACUGUUUUCCUCUUAGAAUUAAAUUAUUUAUUAAAUUUAUAGAAUCCAAUAACUGCUUUCUCUAGCUCUGGCUAUACUGUCAAUAAAAAAAAAAUCAAAGCAAGAACUUGAUUUUUUUUUUUUUAAUCAGACAUUCUCAGAUGGGCAAGGCCAAACAUGAUCAGAUUUUCUUACAAAUCCUCACCUAAGAUUUGAGUACAGCUGCAAAGGCCACUUGCAGAUGCUCCUCUUCUAACCACAGUAUGCUAACAGCCACUCAUAGUUUUAAGUUUGCCUCUUCUGGCUGAAGACUGAGCGAUAACCUCCCCUACUACCACGUCCUACCAAUAUCAAAGAUCCAUAAAUACUUAAUAGUAUUAGAAUAGUUUUCAAGCAUAGAAUUCCAGCUAAUCUGAGAAUAUUCCUUUUUUAGAGUAUAUCCCAAGAACAAAUGAAGUAGAUGUAGUUGCAAUCAUUUUAUUCAGAGAGUUCAUUUGAUGGAUUCAUUAAGUGGUGCUAAAAAUAAGUUUUGGAAGAUGCUGGUCUCAUUGUCCUUAGAGACACCUGGUUUCCAAAAACAACUAUAGAGCAGCAGGAAGGCAGCACAGUGAGCACAGUGGUGGCUAGAGACUGCAGAGCUAACUCAGUAGUCUUGGACAUUCUCCUUUAACUCAAGCAGGCUGGAAUCUCCCUGUAUGACUGGAAACUGUUCUAAGUUAGCAGCAUCAAAUAGCAUCCCUUCAUGAUCUUUACCCUUUAAAAAAAAUGCCUCAGAAAAUCAGACAAAAACACUGAUGUCCCAACUCUAUUCCUAGAAUGUGCCCCUACAAUUUUGGUGCUUCCUCAAGCAAGAAAAAGGGAUAUAUCCCCAAAGCUAGCUCUGCCUCAAAGCCUAGUGGCUCUGGCAAACCUACUAUCCCAUACUAGGCUUUGGAGUGUAAAAAAAUGAGUGUGUGGUACUCCUGCAUGCUUAACAAUCUCAGCUUUUUAGGGGACACUGACUGAUAGUCUCCAAACAAAUAGCUAGAAUCUUCUAAAAUAAAGACAGACUGCUUUAAUCAGAAAGUAUUCAUGUCAUCUGGCCACUUUCUGUCCACUGUUGACCUCCAUCACAGCACCAACCACUAGUACAUAAUCCCAAACGGUCUUUUAUCACACAAAUCCUUGUUAAAUAUAUACACUACUGCAAUCCCUACUUCUGACACAACAUUUGUAUUUAAUAAAAAUCUUUAGUUAUCAGA